AGAAGAUCCCAAUGGAGGAGGAUGAUACCCAGAGAGAGGUGCCCAAGGAAGAUGGAGUUGGUGAUGUGCAACAUUUUGAUUCCAGUAAGAUUAUGGAAGAGCAUAGCUACAUACAAAAGGAGCUAGAUUUAGAAAAUGGUAGCUUAGAGGAAGACUCUGUGGUGCAUUCUGUUGAGAACGAUUUCCAAAACAUGAUGGAGAGCCUCAGCCCAAAGAAAUACUCUUCCAGUCUGAGAUUUAAAGCCAAUGGAGACUAUUCUGGCUCCUAUUUAACCCUCUCACAACCUGUGCCUGCAAAGAGAAGCCCUUCUCCUUUGGGAACCAGUGUCAAAAGCAGCCCCUCCUUAGCCAAAAUCCAGGGAAGCAAGCAGUUCUCUUAUGAUGGAACUGACAAAAAUAUUGCUAUGAAACCUCCAACUCCUUUACUGAGCACUACAUCCUCCCUUAGUGGAUAUCCACUUGGAAGAGCAGACUUUGAUCAUUAUACUGGCCGGGACAGUGAAAGGGCCUUGAGGCUCUCAGAGAAGCCUCCCUAUUCCAAGUAUAGCUCAAGGAAUAAAUCGCAUGACAAUGUCUACUUUCUCGGAGGGCUGGAAGGUCGGAAGGCAUCUGGCUCGCUCCUGGCCAUGUGGAAUGGAAGUUCCCUGAGUGAUGCUGGCCCCCCUCCUAUCAGCAGAUCGGGAGCUGCAAGCAUGCCUUCAAGCCCAAAGCAAGCCAGGAAAAUGAGCAUUCAGGACAGCCUGACGCUUCAACCCAAGUUAACUAGACACAAGGAGCUUGCAUCUGAAAACAUCAAUUUGAGAACUAGGAAGUACUCCAGCAGCAGCCUGAGUCACAUGGGAGCCUACAGCCGAUCACUUCCCAGGUUGUACAAAGCCACAGAGAACCAGCUGACACCUCUCAGCUUGCCUCCAAGAAACUCUCUGGGCAAUUCCAAAAGAACAAAACUUGGGGAAAAGGAUCUACCUCAUAGCAUAAUAGACAAUGACAAUUACCUUAAUUUUUCUUCUUUGAGCUCAGGGGCUUUACCCUAUAAAACCUCUGCUUCUGAAGGCAAUCCUUAUGUAAGUUCUACCCUCAGUAUCCCUGCCAGUCCUCGAGUGGCUCGGAAGAUGCUUCUGGCCUCCACCUCCUCCUGCGCCUCUGAUGACUUUGAUCGGGCUUCAUACGUGGGGACAAACCCGAGUCACUCACUUCUUGCUGGAGAGUCAGACAGAGUGUUUGCGACCAGGAGGAACUUCUCUUGUGGAUCUGUGGAAUUUGAUGAGGCUGAUUUGGAAAGCCUCAGGCAGACCUCAGGAACCCCCCAACCUGUCCUUCGGGAACGGAAAAGCAGCAUUAGCUCUAUUUCAGGACGUGAUGACCUGAUGGAUUAUCAUCGGCGGCAGAGGGAGGAAAGACUCAGGGAACAGGAGAUGGAGCGAUUGGAGAGACAGCGUCUGGAGACCAUCCUCAGUCUCUGUGCUGAAUACACAAAGCCUGACAGUCGCUUAUCUGCUGGGACCACUGUGGCAGAUGUGCAGAAAAUCAACAAGGAGCUUGAGAAGCUGCAGCUCUCUGAUGAGGAGUCUGUGUUUGAAGAAGCCCUCCUGAGCCCUGACACAAGAUACAGGUGCCACCGGAAAGACUCCCUCCCUGAUGCAGACUUGGCAAGCUGUGGGAGUCUCACUCAGAGCAGUGCCAGCUUCUUUACCCCCAGGAGCACCAGGAAUGAUGAACUACUCAGCGACCUCACCCGGACUCCGCCACCACCAUCCUCCACCUUUCCGAAAGCUUCCAGUGAAUCCUCUUAUCUAAGUAUCCUACCAAAGACCCCAGAGGGUAUAAGUGAAGAACAGAGAUCUCAGGAGUUGGCUGCAAUGGAAGAAACCCGGAUGGUCAUUCUGAACAACCUCGAGGAGCUUAAACAAAAAAUCAAAGACAUAAAUGAUCAGAUGGAUGAAUCUUACAGAGAGUUGGAUAUGGAAUGUGCUCUUUUGGAUGGAGAACAGAAAUCUGAAACAACUGAACUUAUGAAGGAGAAGGAGAUUUUGGAUCAUCUAAACCGGAAAAUAGCUGAACUGGAAAAGAACAUUGUUGGUGAAAAGACCAAGGAGAAGGUAAAGCUUGAUGCUGAAAGGGAAAAACUAGAGAGGCUUCAGGAGCUUUACUCCGAGCAGAAGACCCAGCUGGACAAUUGUCCUGAGUCCAUGAGGGAACAGUUACAACAACAACUGAAGAGGGAUGCUGACCUGUUGGAUGUUGAAAGCAAACACUUUGAAGACCUGGAGUUCCAGCAGCUUGAACAUGAGAGCCGUCUAGAUGAAGAAAAGGAGAAUUUGACUCAACAGCUCCUGCGUGAAGUUGCUGAAUAUCAACGGAACAUCGUUUCUAGAAAGGAAAAAAUUUCUGCCUUGAAAAAGCAAGCCAAUCACAUUGUUCAGCAGGCUCAGAGAGAACAAGAUCAUUUUGUGAAAGAAAAGAAUAAUUUAAUAAUGAUGUUGCAAAGAGAAAAGGAGAAUCUUUGUAAUUUGGAAAAGAAAUACUCCAGCCUCUCUGGGGGGAAAGGGUUUCCCGUUAACCCCAAUACUUUAAAAGAGGGCUAUAUCAGUGUAAAUGAGAUUAAUGAGCCAUGUGGCAAUUCCACGAAUCUAUCCCCUUCCACUCAGUUUCCUGCUGAUGCUGAUGCUGUUGCCACUGAGCCUGCCACAGCUGUGCUGGCGAGCCAGCCUCAGAGUAAAGAGCACUUUAGAAGUCUGGAAGAAAGGAAAAAACAGCAUAAAGAAGGCCUCUAUCUGAGCGAUACUUUGCCUCGAAAGAAAAGCACAACUUCCAUCUCCCCACAUUUCAGCAGUGCUACUAUGGGGAGAAGCAUCACCCCAAAGGCCCACCUGCCCCUGGGACAGAGUAACAGCUGUGGAAGUGUGCUCCCUCCCUCACUGGCAGCCAUGGCCAAAGACUCAGAAUCUCGCAGGAUGCUCAGAGGUUAUAAUCACCAACAGAUGAGUGAAGGACACAGGCAGAAGUCUGAAUUUUACAACCGUACAGCAUCUGAAUCAAAUGUCUACUUGAAUAGUUUCCAUUAUCCAGAUCACAGCUACAAGGACCAGGCCUUUGAUACUUUGAGCCUAGAUAGCUCUGAUAGCAUGGAGACCAGCAUCUCUGCUUGCUCACCUGACAACAUCUCUAGUGCCAGCACUUCAAAUAUUGCUAGAAUAGAGGAAAUGGAGAGACUUUUGAAGCAGGCUCAUGCAGAAAGGACGCGGCUGCUUGAAUCCAGGGAACGGGAAAUGGAAGCCAAAAAACGAGCCCUGGAAGAAGAAAAACGACGCCGGGAAAUCCUGGAAAAACGAUUACAGGAAGAAACUAGCCAGAGGCAGAAGUUAAUAGAAAAGGAAGUAAAAAUAAGGGAGAAACAAAGGGCACAGGCUCGUCCUUUGACACGCUACCUGCCUGUCCGGAAGGAAGACUUUGAUUUGCGGAGCCAUGUAGAGACUGCUGGCCACAAUAUUGACACCUGUUACCAUGUAUCAAUCACAGAGAAGACCUGCCGAGGAUUCCUCAUCAAAAUGGGUGGGAAAAUUAAAACGUGGAAAAAACGUUGGUUUGUUUUUGAUCGGAACAAGCGAACAUUCUCUUAUUAUGCAGACAAGCAUGAAACUAAAUUGAAAGGAGUAAUAUACUUUCAAGCCAUUGAAGAAGUGUAUUAUGAUCACCUCAAGAAUGCUAAUAAGAGUCCUAAUCCGUUACUCACCUUUAGCGUCAAGACUCAUGACAGAAUCUAUUAUAUGGUGGCCCCAUCGCCAGAAGCCAUGCGGAUCUGGAUGGAUGUUAUAGUUACGGGGGCAGAAGGUUACACUCACUUCUUGUUGUAGUGAACUGAGGCAACAGUCCACUUCAGGGCAGACUGCAAUAAUCUCUUACAAGAAUGAAGCCACAUUCAGCCCCGGAUGAGAAAACCCAACAGAUCCAUCCCUUGAGCUGUAAACACUCAGAACUCAAUUCAUAUCAAGACAAGUUAUUUGUAAAAAAGAAAGAAGGGGUUUUAACACAAACCUUGAUAACAAAUAGCAAAAGAAUUGAAGCUUCCAUGACAAAGAAAACACUAUUUUGAUAAAUUGGAUCACUUAUAGGAACAUUUCUUAUAAACUCUUUUUAAUCAGUUGUUGGAUUUGGUUAAAUAAACAGGUUACAGAAUAUCUGUAUAUACUUGGAAAUACAGAAUAACUUUAUCACCCACAUCAUUGGCAUUGACAUUAUUGGUAAUCAGCUGGCUUUUUUUUUAAAAAAGGUAGCAUUUUGUUGACAGUUAUUUUGUAAACAUAAGCAAAUAAGGGCUUGGAGGGAAAUACAUUUUAGGAGGAGUUUUGCCUUAAUUUUUUAAGUACUGCAUCAAAACCAAAGACCUGACCUGACUUCUGUGGAACAGUAGUAACUGCAAGUGAUGAACUGCAUUUCGUAUUGUUCUGUAUAUUGCAAAAUGGUAUUCUGAUGCCAUCAAAUGCCCAGGAAAUUGACUUUGCAGUGUCACCACCACCGGUGUAAGCUAAUAUAUAUAUAUAUAUAUAUAUAUGUUUUUAUACAUAUAUAUUUAUAUAUGUGUAUAUAUGUGUGUAUAUAUAUAUAUAUUAAACCAUUUUUUGAAAAAGAAGAAAGAGCAAAAGGCUGUGUGUUUUAGAAAAAAAAAUCAUGUUACGUAACAGGCAUUCUGUCAUGUUGAACAAUUUUAAAUAAAGAGAAUAUCUGGUGUUAGCAGCUUGUUUUGCUGAAUAUUUCUGCAUUCCUGGUGCUGAGAAUAAAGGCAACCAGUAGCCAAUGUCCUUUAGAUUGUCUGAUUCCUUUUUGUUGUGGAGCACGCCUGCUAACUUUGCCUAGACAUAACUGAAAUCAUAACUCUGUUUUCACCAAAGAACAGACCAAUUAAAGUACUUCUUUGCAGAAGUGGUGUAGUUCUACAAAGUGGCAAAUGAAGUUCAACUUAAUGUUCUCUAUAAUGUAUUAUUUUAUUAUGUUUUUUUUUACAAUUAGCCUUUUUUUUUAGUUAAUUUUUGUCAAAUGAAAUGACUUCAGGCAAGUCUCUUUUAUAAUGGUUUUUCCAGUGCCAUUUAUUCUAGUUUAUCAUGUUUUGCAUGUUUGAAAGUAUGAAUGUGCUCUUUCCUAAAACAUGGCAAAUGAAUAGAUGUAGAGAAUAAAGAUAUUACUUACAAGAUGAAAUGAUUAGAUUAGAAGUGUCUCUUUAUUAAACUUUGUCAGCCUGACUGGGUACAAUUCUUUUGUUAAUUUGCAGUGUGGUUUGUAUACACAUAUACAUGUUGUCAAUAAUAAAGAUUUUGCAACUGGAUGACACAAGAUUUUACUUGAACAGUGAAGGACAAAAAUAAUGAUUGUGGAAGACAUUUUUUAAAUCUGAUUUUGCAGCGAUCACUUUUAAACCCUGUAGUGAUGUAAGACUAAAAUGUAAUUGCUAAGAUUUUGUUGGUUAAUGUAAAGAUAUGACUUUUCUGCACUGUACUCUCUUCAUAGGAUUGUAAAGGUGUUCUAAUACAAUUGCAUGAUGUAGUAAGCCUCUUAAAUAUGUGUGUUAAAUAUAUUGAGUUUGGAUUAAAAUGUUGACCUGAUUUCACAUUUGAAAAUAAACUCAUCUCUCAUUUUGAAGUUACCU